AUGGGUCCCACUUCUCCCCUCUCUGCCCUGUCAACCCACAUGCGGUCUCAAUGCCCCAAGCACCCUCUUCCCUUAUUUUAUUCCCUUCCUAUCCCUAUCCCUCACCCUUUCUUCCACCCUCUUUCCAUCCUACCUCUUACGUGUCAAAUUGGGUCUUCAUCUCCCAACAUACUGACAAAAUCCAUCUCUCAACUUAACUCCUGUCUGAAAGCAAAUCUCAAAUAUACCAAUCCAUGUCACUUUAUCACUUCCCACCACAGUUAUGUUUAUCUCACUAAUCAAUUCUUAUCGAAUUCUGUUACUUUGUUAAGUGUUUCAGCAUAUCAGCUUUUCUUCUUCACUACUUUGUCUUUCUGGUCACUGUUGCUGAGGCCUUUGACAUAUGAAGAUGCCAAAAUGCCGGCUAGUAGUUUCCCCUUUUUGGCAUUACUGCAUCACAAGACUGAUAUGUUCUCAAGCUUUGAGCUAACAGGGGUGGCAUUGCUCUUGCUACUGGCAUUGUGCAAUGCAAUCAAAGUUAAUGGGGAAGAGAGCAAUGGGCAGUGUAAUCAUAAGCUGAUGUUGGACCCAAGACCACAUAGUGUAUCCAUCUUGGAAUUUGGUGCUGUCGGAGAUGGCAAAACUUUGAAUACCAUUGCCUUUCAAAAUGCCAUUUUCUAUCUUAAGUCCUUUGCUGACAAGGGUGGCGCCCAGCUUUAUGUGCCACCAGGAAGAUGGCUUACCGGAAGUUUCAAUCUUACCAGCCAUCUCACUCUAUUCUUGGAAAAAGGUGCUGUCAUUCUUGGAUCUCAGGAUCCAUCUCACUGGGAUAUUGUUGAACCCUUGCCCUCAUAUGGUCGAGGAAUUGAACUUCCUGGAGGAAGAUAUCGAAGUUUGGUAAAUGGGUAUAUGUUACGUGAUGUGGUAAUAACUGGUGAUAAUGGAACCAUAGAUGGGCAGGGCUCAGUUUGGUGGGAAUGGUUCACAUCUCAUUCUUUAAACUAUAGCCGCCCUCACCUUGUGGAAUUUGUGUCAUCUGAGGAUAUACUUGUUUCAAACAUUACGUUUCUCAAUGCCCCUGCAUAUAAUAUACAUCCAGUCUAUUGCAGCAAUGUACACAUUCAUAACAUAUCAGUCUAUGCUCCUCCUGCAUCGCCGUAUACUGUUGGCAUUGUUCCAGAUUCUUCUGAUAAUGUUUGCAUUGAGGACUGCAGCAUUAGUAUGGGCCAUGAUGCAAUUGCCCUCAAGAGUGGCUGGGAUGAGUAUGGCAUUACUUAUGGCAGACCUACCACAAAUGUCCACAUCAGAAGGGUCGACCUUCAGUCGUCCUCAGGCUCUUCUCUUGCCUUCGGUAGUGAAAUGUCUGGUGGCAUUUCUGACAUCCAAGUGGAGCAGGCCCACCUGUACAACUCAUUAAGUGCUAUUGAGUUUAGAACAACCAGGGGUAGGGGUGGUUAUAUUGAGGAUAUCAUUAUAUCAGAUCUUGACUUGUUAAAUGUUCAUAUGGCUUUUGGUGCUAUUGGUCACUAUGGAUCCCAUCCAGACGACAAAUAUGAUCCUGAUGCUUUCCCAGUACUGCAGAAAAUCACCUUGAAGAACAUUAUUGGCGCAAACAUCACUGUUGCGGGAAACUUCACAGGAAUCGAAGAAUCUCCCUUUACUUCUAUAUGCCUAUCCAAUAUCUCCAUAUCAAUCAAUUCUGCCUCUUCCACCUCUUGGGUGUGUUCAUAUGUUUCCGGCUUUUCAGAGUCAGUCUUCCCCAAACCAUGUCCCGACCUGGAGAAUUCAAAUACUUCUUCAUCAUGCAUUUCCCUCCUGCAGCCUAAUGGUAGAUCCGCGGUCUUAUGAUACCAUUCCCUUCCUUCUAGAAAAACAUAGAAAUUCCCGGAAAGAUUUCUACCAUUUACCGUCUCAAGAGUAGGUCAUCAGAUUCUUUCCAAUAAGACACAUGUCUAGGAUACCUGUUUCUUCAUCCCUUCCCCAUUCCGUAUUUUGGCAUGUUCACAACCUGCAGAUUGUUUGUACAGCUUCAUUUCUUCAUUCUUGUGUAAGGAAAUUUUUGGUAGUGGUGGGUACAAAAGCUCAAAAAAGGGUCCUUGGGGGGUUUUUUUAGUAUUGCUGUCUAUUGAAUUCUUUUCUUCUUUUCCUUAAUGUUUAUAGCUAUGGUCCAAGGUUCAAUCUCAUUGUAAAAUCAUUUUAUAUCAUUUUGGGAUUGAAUUGCUGAAUGAAAAUGGUAGAUAAAGAGAUAUUCAAUGGGAUAAUUUUGAUUGAAUAAAGUCUUUAUUAGUCUUUGAUUUGGAAA